AGUGUCAAAAGUGUCAAAAGUGACUCCAAAACUCCCGAUAGCCAUUUUGUAUCCUUAUACCGUAUUCCAUCGUAAAUAGUCGAUUAUUUAUUCUGUUACUUGCGGUUUCACGUGUGAAAAAGUAAUUUAAUUGGCAUCAACAAUGACUAGAAAAGGUGGAAAAAAAAAGAAGGAAGAAGAAGGGGGUCCCUCUGCUGAUUCUUCUACUCAAAGUGGGUCUAGCUCACAACCACAACCGCAAGCCAAAGCAUCAUCAAGUUUGUCCUCCCAGCCCCCUCAACAAGCAGCUCAACAGCCCCAGCAGCAAAGACAAAAUGUUAAACCAGGCAGAGGCAGAGGUCAACAAAGAUUCCAAUCUCAGCCAUCUCAAGUCCCUCAAGAUCAAAGCCAAUGGCCUGGUCCUCCUGGUAGUAGAACUCAAUCGGCGCCUCAACAAGUUGCUCCUGCACAAGCAUCAGCCCAGCCUCAACAGUCAGCAUGGGGACGGCCAAGCCAGCCUUUGGAACAGUCAGCUCAAACCCAGCAGUCGUUCUGGGGUCAACAAAAGCAACAACAGCGGCAACCCCAGCAGCAACAACAGUGGCAACCACAGCAACAACCUCAGCAGCAGCAGCAACAGCGGCAACCCCAGCAGCAACAACAACCACAGCCGCAGCAACAACAGCGGCAACCCCAGCAGCAACAACAGUGGCAACCACAGCAACAACCACAGCAGCAGCAGCAACAGCGGCAACCCCAGCAACAGCAACAACAACGACAACCAAAACAGUCUCAGCAGCAGCAACAACAACAACAACCAGUAACUUCUUCUCAAGAAAUCUCAAGACAAAGUUCAGAUGUACAAGCAGCUACUAAACAACUUGCUAAAAUGACAGUCAAGGCAUUAUCUCCCACUAACACAACUGCUCAAACAAGAAAAGAAUAUGAUGCUUGGUAUGAGAAAAUUCCCAAGCGCGUAAAUCCCCUGAAAGCUGGAACACUGGGGCGGCCAAUUCAAGUCAUCACAAAUAUGAUGGCUGUAAACUUUGGAAAAAAUUUCAAAUCAAACGUUAUCCAUUACGAUGUGGAUAUACAACCGAAUGUCCCAAAGUAUUUAAUGAGACCUGUUUUUGAUAAAGUUAGACAACAACAUUUUUCAAAUAGAUUUCCAGCAUUUGAUGGAAGAAAAAAUGCCUACUCUGCUGGAAAGUUGCCUUUUGGUGAUGCAUCGCCUACUUAUGAAGUAAAAAUUCCGAAUGAAGAUGGAAGAGAAAAAGAAUUUAAAGUUACAUUGAAAAUUGCCAAUGUACUUGACUUGUCAUGGCUUAAAAAUGUAAGACCAGGCUUACAUGAUGAUGAAAAAAGUCAAAGUGCCAUUCAAGCAUUGGACAUUAUAUUACGCAGUGCACCAGCACUGCAAGCUACAGCUGUCGGGCGCUCAUUUUUUCCUCCACCUGUUCAAAUACCACAUAGUCUUGGUGGUGGCAUGGAUUUAUGGGUUGGUCUUUUCCAAUCUGCUGUACUGGGAUGGAAACCUUUUUUAAAUGUUGAUGUGUCGCAUAAAGGUUUUCCAAAAUCUCAAAAUGUUAUUGAUUUGAUGAAAACCAUUUGUGGCGUUGGUGAUGAAGGUAGCGGUGGUGGUGGUGGUUAUCAAGGGGGAAGAGGUGGCUUUCAAGGUGGAAGAGGUGGAAGAGGUGGUGGCAGAGGUGGUAGAGGUGGAUAUCAAGGAGGCCAGGGAUAUCAAGGAGGCCAAGGUCAGGGUAGUGGUGAAUUAACGGCAGACUUAGUACACCGGUACAAAGACGAUAUCGUAAAAUUUUUAAAAGGCCUAAAAGUCUCGAUUCAAAUUCCUGGACAGUCUAAAAGGACUCAACGAGUAAAUGAUCUCGUUAGAUGUCCAAAAGAAAAUAUUUUUGAGCAUAAUGGUGUGAAAAUUACUGUGCAAAAAUAUUACGCUCUUGAAAAAAAAUAUACAAUUCGGUAUCCCGAUUUGCCAUGCCUAUGGGUUGGUGCAAGAGACAAACAUAUUUAUGUUCCGCCAGAAAUAUGUACGAUUGUUGCGGGUCAAGCCACACAGAAGAAACUUGAUGAAAAUCAGACAUCCAAUAUGAUUCGUGCUGCAGCAACUGAUACUGAUCGUAGAAAACAAAAAAUUAUGAAUGCGUAUACACCUAUGCAACACAACCAAAAUCCCAGCAUGAAAGAAUUCGAUAUUUCUAUUAGUGGAGAGUUUGAAAAAGUUCAAGCUCGAGUAUUAGAUCCUCCCUCAAUACAGUAUGGAAACAUUGCUAGAGUUGCCAAAGGCGUGUGGCGCGCAAACCGGUUUAAAGAACCUACAAAGAAAAUAGGAGAUGACAACUCGUGGACUAUUUUAAAUCUUGAUUACAGAACGAGAGAUGAUGCUCUCCAUAAUUUGCAAACACAAUUGAUAAGAUUGGGCCAAUCAUUAGGGAUUGGAGUAGGUAAGGCCAAAACCCCUUUCGAAAGUUUGCAGUGGAGAGGUAAUGACACCAGACCCUUACAAGAAUUCUUUAAAAGGAACAAAGGUUUGAAAUUAGUUGUUGUUGUCAUUCCUGAUACAAAAGGGUAUUACAGUAGAGUUAAACAAAUUUCGGAAGUCUCUGUUGGCGUUCUUACGCAAUGCUUGAAAGGUAAAACCAUUUUUGGGCCAAAGUUCAAUGAUGCGACUGUUGGAAAUAUAUUACUAAAAAUAAAUGCAAAAUUAAAUGGUGUUAACCAUUCGUUGGCAGAACCAAGCUGUUUACCAUUCAUCAAAGCUCUUAGUCUUCAUUACAUGAUAGUGGGUGCUGAUGUGACACAUCCAUCUCCUGAUGCCAAUGAUAUUCCAUCUAUAGCUGCAGUGGCUUCUAGUCACGAUCUAGCAGCGUUCAAGUACAACAUUGAAAUAAGACUACAACCGCCACGAGAAGAAAUAAUUUUAGAUUUGACGGAAAUUAUAAAGAAUCAGUUAUUGUAUUUUUACGCAUGCAAUGGAAGUCGGAAGCCUUCGAAAUUGUUUUACUUCAGAGAUGGAGUAAGUGAAGGCCAGUUUGGUCAAGUAUUGGCAAGAGAAUUGACCGCUAUUCAAAGAGCUUGUAAACUUUUGGAAAAAGGUUAUGAACCACAAAUUACAUUUUUAGUAGUUCAGAAAAGACAUCAUAUAAGAUUAUUUCCGGCUGAUCCCAGAAAUAGUGAUGAUCGAAAUAAUAAUGUUCAAGCUGGAACGAUUGUGGAUACUCAGAUAACACAUCCUUCACACAUUGACUUUUACUUAGUAUCGCAUGCCAGCAUUCAAGGUACUGCCAGACCUACGAAAUAUAGAUGCUUGUGGGAUGAUUCAAAUAUGACAGAGGAUCAAAUAGAACAGCUUACUUACUUCUUGUGUCACAUGUUUUCACGUUGUACAAGAUCUGUGAGCUACCCCACUCCAACGUAUUACGCUCAUCUUGCUGCUUUCCGAGCAAGAGCUCUAACUCAAGACAUAAACAUCGAUUUAAGUAAGCUGGAUCGAGAACAGGAUAAAGUAAGAAUCCAACCAAACAUUAUAAAUGAUUCACCAAUGUUUUUCGUAUAAAAGUAACUUGAAUAAAAAAAAUAAAAAAAAACAGUUAUUCUAUAAAAGUGUCUGUGCAGCGAAAAUGUUGUACGACGCAACANUU